AUGAAGGUUUUUCCCAUGAUGAUUAAGGAACAGACCUUCAGUUUGUCUGAGCUGGUAACUAUUGUGGAGCUUUUGCGCAAUCAACUAUUUCUCACACAUGCCCAUGCUGAGGCUGGCACUGAUCUUCCUAACCAUCUGGAAGAAGUGCUAGCAAGUCAGAUUUCACAGGCAGGUUUGUCUAUCUCCUCUGAGUCUAGCAACAGUCCUGGAGACAUGUCUGAAGGAGGAGGCAAGUUUUUGCUUCAUAGUGUCUCAGACACAAGCUCCUUGACCAGUGUGACCACUGAGGUCAAUGUUGCACCUUCCAUCACUAUUACUGCUGCAGCUGGUGCUGCACCUCCCACCACUGUUGCUGCACCUCAUGGGAGUACUUUUGCUUCAGUCUGCUGGUACAUCAUUACUGUUGGAUGUGAGACCAGUGUAUUUCAAGGCUGGCAUAAUGUCCAUCUGCAUGUGAUAGGCAUUCUUGGAGCCUGUUUCAGUCAGUACUCCUCUCAUGCUGGUGCAGAUGAGGCAUAUGCCCAGGCAUUGCAAGACAGCACUGUGCAGGAGUUGCCACUCUGA